CAGACAGAUCAGCAAAAAAAGAAUUGAAUAUUAUCAUCUUAGAUCUUGAUUUCUUUAUUUUUUUUUCCCUAAUUGAUUCCGAUCGAUCAGCUCACUUCGAUAUUUUUCUAUCCCGAUUUUGAAACUAGUUGACGGAGGGUUUAUGAGCUCGGAGAUUCUCCGGAUAUUAAAUAUAAUCGGUGCUGGUGUGCCGUUAAAUUGAUUGGUUGUUUUGUUUAAUUUAUUUUCCGGCCGAUGAGUGUUAAUUAAAACGAUGAAAUGGGUAUCAUUGUUUAAAGACAUCAAAGAUAAGGUAGGAUUCUCAGCGCCUACAUCAGCUGCAUCUUCUUCAUCCCCUUAUCCUGACCAGAAUAGUAACAAUGCCACUUCUUCAAGCUACGAUGACCCCUUGUCAAGAGAAAGAUAUGAACUGGAAUUGGACUUCAAAAGAUCUUGGGAAGAGUUUAGAACAUCGACUUCAGAGACGGAGAAGGAAAAAGCCUUGAAUGUCACUAUUGAUGUCUUCUGUAGAUUAGUAGAGCAGCAUUCCAACAUAGCACAGUUAAAUACCUUGUUAGUAGAGACACACAUAUUUUCUUUUGUGGUGGGUAGAGCAUUUGUCUCAGAUAUCGAAAGGUUAAAAGUUAGCAAUAAGACAAGAUCCUUAGAGAUUGAAAGUGUGAUACGUUUUUUCUCUGAGGAUACUCAGGAUGGAAUUCUGUAUGGUUCAAAUCUAUUACAUGCAGUUGGAUUUCUUGUUUCUGGGCCUAUUGAUAAACAGUCUCUCCUUGAUUCUGGGAUCAUGUGUUGUCUUGUUCAUAUUCUUGAUGCUCUUUUGGGUUCUGAUGGAGGGAAUGCGAGGCAACAUGUUGUCACUACUGAGGAUUCGGAGGUAACAGAGAAUGUAGCUCCAGAUAAGCGGUUUGAGGUAGAGGGCAGUAUUCUGCAUAUCAUGAAGGCAUUGGCAAGCCAUUCUGCAGCUGCUCAAGGUUUGAUUGAAGAUGAUUCUCUAAAGCAGCUCUUUGAGGUGGUUGCCAACGGGUCUUUGGUUCUAUUUUCAAGAUACAAGGAAGGUCUUGUACCCUUGCACACCAUUCAGCUUCAUAGGCAUGCAAUGCAGGUACUGGGUCUUCUUCUGGCCAGUGACAAUGGAAGCACUGCUGCAUACAUAAGGAAGCACCAGCUGAUAAAAGUCCUGUUAAUGGGCGUGAAGGGCUUUAGUCCUGAAUCUGGAGACCCUGCUUAUACAACGGGUAUUGUGGACUUGUUGCUUGAAUGUGUGGAAUUGUCAUAUCGACAUGAGGCCGGUGGUAUUAGGCUCAGGGAAGACAUUCACAAUGCUCAUGGAUACCAAUUUCUGAUUCAGUUCGCAUUAGUUCUUUCAGGAGAUCAGGGCUCUCAAAUCAGUCACUCUGAACAAAAUCCCGAUUCAGAAGGGUCAAAAUCAACAAAUGACAUGGACACCUAUGACACCUCAUCAGAAUCUCUCACACCCACGCUUUCCAGGUUGCUUGAUGUUGUUGUUAAUCUAGCUCAAACAGGUGCAACUGAGUCAACCGGGACCCCUGGCUCAAAGGGUACAAAAAACCGUCUAAAUCCCGAUGACACUUACAAAGUUAAAGACCUAGAUGCUGUCCAAAUGCUUCAGGACAUAUUUCUAAAAGCAAAUAGCAGGGAGCUUCAGGCUGAGGUGUUAAAUAGAAUGUUUAAAAUCUUCUCAAGUCAUCUUGAAAACUACAUGUUAUGUCAACAGCUGCGAACUGUUCCCCUUUUGAUCCUAAACAUGGGUGGCUUCCCUUCUUCCUUUCAAGAAAUUAUCCUCAAGAUUCUUGAAUAUGCAGUGACUGUUGUAAAUUGCAUACCAGAGCAAGAGUUGCUUUCACUUUGCUGCUUGUUGCAACAACCAGUAACAUCCGAAUUAAAGCGCACCAUCUUAUCAUUCUUUGUGAAACUCGUAUCAUUUGAUCAACAGUACAAAAAGUUCUUACGGGAAGUGGGUGUGCUGGAUGUUCUAUUAGAUGAUCUUAAACAGCACAAGUUUCUUGUGGGCCCAGAGCAAAAUGACAAUGAUAGCCCUCAUGAGAUGGAAAGGAAGUCCAACCCAAACGGUUUCAUGAAACAUUUAGACAGUAAAGAUGUGAUUCUAUCAUCUCCUAGGUUAUUGGAUUCUGGCUCUGGAAGUUUUCCUCUUUUUGAAGCUGAAUGUAUAAUUCCAGCUGCUUGGGAUUGUGUGCUUUCUUUAUUGAGGAAAGCUGAACAUAAUCAAGCGAUCUUUCGUUCUGGUGAUGGUGUUACUACUGCUCUUCCUUUUUUGGCAUCUGAUGUCCACCGAGCUGGUGUCCUAAGGGUAUUAUCAUGCUUAAUCAUUGAGGACUCUACACAGGCUCAUCCAGAUGAAUUGGGUGCACUGGUUGAAGCUUCAAAGAGUGGGAUGGUAAUCAGCACUUCAGGAGCUCAAUACAAGCUCACAGAUGAUGCAAAAUGUGAUAUUUUUGGAGCCGUAUGGCGAGUUUUAGGAGCCAACAGCUCUGCUCAAAGAGUAUUUGGUGAAGCCUCUGGGUUUUCCCUUAUCCUAACAACACUUCAUAGUUUCCAUGGAGAUAAAGGCCACAUCAGCCAGUCCUCAUCAACAGUCUGCAUGAAAGUUUUCACAUAUAUGUUACGUGUCAUAACUUGUGGAACAUCCAACAAUGCUGUUAACAGAAUAAAACUGCAUGCGAUUAUAUCUUCACAUACUUUCUGUGAUGUUCUAUCCGAAUCUGGAUUGAUCUGUAUGGAUUAUGAAAAGCAAGUGAUGCAGUUGUUCUUUGAACUUGCUCUUGAGAUUCUCCUUCCACCCUCCUUCAAACCAGAAACUAGUGAAGCAUCUGAUGAUCUUGACAACGUCUCUAGUACUUUCCGAAUAAUCACACCAUCAGCCUCUGUUCAUCCUGAUAAGCACCGCAUAUAUAAUGCUGCUGCAGUGAAGGUUCUCAUCCGUUUAUUGUUGCUUUUUAGUCCAAAACUUCAAGUGGACUUUUUAAAACUUCUAGAAGAACUUGCUCGUGUUGGCUCUUUUAACCAGGAAAGCCUUACCUCUGCAGGUUGUGUGGAACUUCUCCUUGAGACAAUAUAUCCUUUUCUUUCUGGUUCAUCCUCUCUACUUCCCCAUGCUUUAAGAAUCAUUGAAGUACUUGGGGCGUACAGGUUGACAUCAGCAGAGCUGCGAGUGAUUAUAAGAUAUAUUUUGCAAGUGAAACAGAUGAAAUUGGGUCAGACUCUUGUUGAUAUGAUGGAGAGGUUUACAGAUUCAGAAAGCAUUCCACUUGCAGCGUUUAUAGAGAUGGAUAUGAGCAAAUCAGGGCAUGCUUGUAUUCAAGUACCAUUAGGCGAGAGGUCAUGGCCCCCUGCUGCUGGUUACUCAUUUGUUUGUUGGUUUCAGUAUCAAAACUUGUUGAAAUCAGAUGCCACAAGUACAACAACAGGUCAACAAGUCAUGCGAAUAUUCUCUGUUGGUGGUACAGAUGUUAGCAGUAACAAUACAUUCUAUGCAGAGAUUUAUCUUCAAGAUGAUGGAACAUUAACCCUAGCAACCAGCCAUUCGUCUUCAUUAUCUUUUUCAGGGUUAGAUAUAGAUGAGUACAGAUGGCAUCAUCUUGCUGUGGUACACAGCAAACCGAAUGCACUAGCUGGACUAUUUCAAGCUAGUGUUUCACAUGUGUAUCUUAAUGGAAAACUUAGACACACAGGUAGAUUAGGCUACUCUCCAACAUCUUCUGGGAAGUCUCUCCAGGUAACAAUCGGGACACCGGUUGCUUGUGCAAGGGUCAGUGACCUGUCAUGGAAAAUCCGGUCUUGCUAUCUGUUUGAAGAAGUAUUGACACCUGGUUCUAUUUUCUUUAUGUACAUUCUUGGCAGAGGGUAUAGGGGUCUUUUCCAAGACACAAAUUUGUUACAGUAUCUCCCAAACCAGGCUUGUGGUGGUGGAAGUAUGUCCAUUUUAGAUUCCCUUGAAACUGAUUUGGCAUUGGCUUCUUCUUCCAACACACAGAAGCCCGAGAGUGCUAAUAAGCAGGACACUUCUAAAACCGAUCGCAGUGGCAUUGUUUGGGAUCUUGAAAUAUUAAGAAAUUUCUCGCUACAGCUUUCUGGAAAAAAACUAAUAUUUUCAUUCGAUGGAACAUGUACAGAAGCUUUUAAAGUAUCCGGAACCUUGUCAAUGCUCAAUUUAGUCGAUCCAUUGUCAGCUGCUGCUUCUCCAAUUGGAGGUAUACCCCGAUAUGGACGCCUUCAUGGAGAUAUUUAUGUAUGCAAACAUUCUACAAUAGGCGAAACAAUGCGUCCCAUUGGUGGAAUAGCUCUUAUUUUAGCCCUUGUUCAAGUAGCUGAAACCAGAGACAUGCUGCAUAUGGCGCUAACCCUUUUUUCUUGUGCACUUCUCCAAAAUCCUCAGAAUGUCAGAGACAUGCAAUCAUAUAGAGGAUACCACUUGCUAGCACUUUUACUACAUCCAAAAAUGUCACUAUUUGACAUGCAUUCACUCGACAUCUUUUUCCAGAUAGCUGCUUGUGAGGCUUCGUUUCAUGGACCAAAAAAGUUGGAAAAAACUAAUAAUAUGUCACCUGUUGAGCCUGUCAAAGAAGCCAGCUUUGAGGACCUGUCAAAGUUUCAUGAUGAUGCUUCUUCUGGUGGUUCUCAUGGAGAUAUGGAUGAUUUUCUAGGGAAUAAAGAUGCUUUCAGUCAUAUCUCAGAACUCGAUAUAAAUGUUGACUUACCAACAGAAACAUCAAACUGUGUUGUUCUUUCAAAUCCAGAUAUGGUUGAACAUGUGUUACUAGAUUGGACUUUGUGGGUAGCAGCAACAGUUCCAAUACAAAUUUCUCUUCUGGGAUUUCUUGAAAAUCUAGUUUCAAUGCAUUGGUAUCGAAACCAUAAUCUUACAGUUUUGCGUAGGAUAAACCUCCUUCAGCAUCUGUUAGUGACGCUUCACAGGGGUGAUGUUGAAGUUCCUGUGUUAGAAAAGUUAGUCACUCUGCUAGGAGUGAUUUUGAAAGAUGGGUUUUUGGUUUCUGAACUGGAACAUGUUGUUAGAUUUGUGAUCAUGACCUUUGAUCCACCGGAGCUGACAUCAAGAAAUGAGAUUUUAAGAGAGUCAAUGGGGAAACACAUUAUUGUUAGAAACAUGCUGCUUGAGAUGCUAAUUGAUCUAGUAGUGACCAUUACAUCAGAAGAGCUUCUUGAACAGUGGCAUAAGAUUGUCUCCUCCAAGUUGAUAACUUACUUUUUUGAUGAAGCAGUUCAUCCUACAACCAUGAGGUGGGUGAUGACUCUUCUUGGUGUGUGUCUCACUUCUUCUCCUACUUUUUCUGUCAAGUUUCGGACAGGUGGCGGGUACCAAGGUCUGGUGAGGGUGCUUCCUAGCUUCUAUGAUUCCCCUGACAUAUAUUACAUACUGUUUUGUCUCAUAUUUGGGAAACCCGUUUAUCCAAGAUUACCUGAAGUCCGUUUGUUGGACUUUCAUGCCCUUAUGCCAAGUGAUGGAAGUCAUACAGAGUUGAAAUUUCUAGAACUUUUAGAUUCUGUGAUUGCUAUGGCGAAAUCCACAUUUGAUAGGCUGUCCAUUCGAACAAUGAUUGCCUAUGAAACUGGUGCUGCUGGGCUUGUUGCAGAGCUUGUGGAUGCAUGUACAGAGAUGACAGGAGAGCUUCAGGGUGAAGCCUUGAUGCACAAAACUUAUGCUGCCAGGCUUAUGGGUGGAGAUGCUUCUGCUCCUGCUGCUGCGACUUCUGUCCUUAGGUUCAUGGUUGACCUAGCCAAAAUUUGUCCACCUUUCUCUGCUGUGUGCAGGAGAGCUGAAUUUCUUGAGAAGUGUGUGGAUCUUUAUUUCUCUUGUGUCAGGUCAGCUCAUGCUGUGAAGAUGGCAAAAAAGCUGACAGUGAAGUCAGAAGACAAAAAUCUAAAUGAGUGUGAUGAAAGUCCUAGUUCUCACAAUAGCUUGCCACUUGAUCAGGAACACUAUUCUAAAACCUCCAUAAGUCUUGGAAGCUUCCCUCCAGGCACAAGUUCUGAAGAUGCUCCUGUUGCUGCCACAACCAAUUCCGAUGGAUAUCAACCGAAUAACAUAACCUCGCCCCCACUGGAAUCACGCAAGCCGGUUGAAGUGGUUCAUCAAAUGUCCACUGCAGAAUCUGACACUAAAGAUUUCAGUUUCCAAGAUCAGAAAACCACUCCGGAAUCAGACAAGCCGGUUGAAGAAGCUGAUCAGGUGCCCAUUGCAGAAUCCGACACUCAAGAUUUCAGUUUCCAUGAUCGGAAAACCACUCAGGAAUCAGACAAGCCGGUUGAAGUAGCUGACCGAGUGUCCAUUGCAGAAUCUGACACUAAAAUUUUCAGCUUAGAUGAUCAGAAAACCACCCCGGAAUCAGACAAUCCAGUUGAAGUAGUUGACCAAGUGUCCACUGCAGAAUCUGACACAAAAGAUUUCAGUUUCCCUGAACCCAAAACCACUCUGGAAUCACAGAAUCCAGUUGGAGAAGUUAAUCAGGCGUCCACUGCAGAACCCGACACUAAAGAUUUCAAUGGUCGCAAAACUACUCGCCAAGGAAGUUCCCUGAGUUGUGUAUCGCUAAACAUAUUUGAUUCUCCAUAUUUAUCAGAAAAAACCACCGGGGUCCACAAAGCACAAUCAUCAUCGCAACUUUUUGCUAUGAGUUCAUGGCAAAGUCCCAAUUUCAACGAAUCAAAACCCAAGUUAGCUCCAUCUCCUUCCAUGGCAUCUUCUGUAUCCAUGACUCUAUCUCUAAACGAAUACGACACAUCUUCAGACUCCAAACGAACAACCCAACUACAAAAUCCCACAGACACAUACUUCCCAAUCAACCCGCUUCUGUUACUUGAUGCAGAUGAUUCUGGUUAUGGAGGUGGGCCCUGUUCAGCAGGAGCAACUGCCAUUCUGGAUUUCAUGGCAGAAGUUCUUUCCGAUGUUGUAACCGACCAAUUAAAAGCAACACAAGCAAUCGAAACCAUUUUGGAAAACGGUCCUUUGUACAUUGAUGCUGAAUCUUUAUUAGUUUUUCAAGGUCUGUGUCUCAGCAGACUGAUGAACUUUCUAGAAAGACGAAUCUUGCGUGACGAUGAAGAAGACGAUAAGAAACUUGACAAGGUGCGAUGGUCAUCGAAUUUAGACGCAUUGUGUGUUAUGAUUGUUGACCGUGUUUACAUGGGCGCGUUUCCGGAACCUUCCGGAGUACUCAAAACCCUUGAGUUUUUGUUGUCAAUGCUGCAGUUAGCAAAUAAAGACGGUAGAAUCGAACAAGCGGGCCCACCCGGGAAAGGAAUCUUAUCAAUAGGGAGAUCAAAACAACUGGAUGCUUAUAUACUUUCGAUGUUUAAAAACAUGAAUCGAACAAUUAUGUACUGUUUUCAUCCACAGUUCUUGAUAUCAGUUGGAGAAGAUGAACUUUUAUCACGCCUGGGUUUGCAAAUCGAACAGAAACAAAGAUUGGUUUUCCAUGGAUCUGAAGAUGGAGUGAUUGAUAUCAGCACAGUGUUGCAAGUACUCGUGGCUCAUAAACGAUUAAUCUUCUGCCCUAGUAACCCCGACAAUGAUCUAAAUUGCUGUCUGUGUAUAAACUUAACAUCUCUUUUACAUGAUCAUAGACAAAACGCACAAAACUCAGCAGUUGAGAUUCUCAAAUAUCUUCUGCUCUAUCGGAAAACCGCUUUGGAAGACCUUCUAGCCUCGAAACCGAAUCAAGGCCCGGUUUUGGAUGCUUUUCAUGGUGGUUUUGACAGACUUGUGACAGGGACAACAUCGUCUUUUUUCGAUUGGUUCAACACAUCUGAGCUUCUCGUUAGCAAGACGUUAGAACAAGGUGCUGCAAUCAUGUGGGUCAAUUAUAUCUCGGGGUCUGUAAAGUUCCCGGGAGUUAGAAUAAAAAACAUGGAUGCUCGUCGGAAAAAAGAGAUUGCUAAAAAGUCAAAGGAGUCGAGAAAGUUUGACCAAAGACAUUGGGAACAAAUAAACGAAAGAAGAAUCGCAUUGGAAUCGGUUUGUGAUCAAAUGUGUACAGAAUUGAGAGUUGUGAGACAAGAUAAAUACGGAUGGGUGCUCCAUGCUGAAAGUGAAUGGCAGACACAUUUACAACAACUUGUACAUGAACGUGGUAUUUUCCCAGUUCUCAAAUCGGUUUCAAUCGAAGAGCCCAACUGGCAGCUUUGUCCAAUAGAAGGCCCGUAUCGAAUGCGGAAAAAAAUCGAACGCUGUAAAUUAAAAUUCGACAUGAUUGAAAUGAUUUUAAACGGGGAGUUUGAAGGUGGAAGAGAGUUUUUGUUGACUAGGGAGAAAGACGAAAUUGACCUCGGUGGGUCUGAUUUUUUACCUCAUGAAUUGUUCGAUGAGGAGUUGUAUGAUGAUUCGGUUUUUAAAGAAUCUGACAAUGUGAAAGACGCGGGGUCCACUAGAAUCGGGUGGAAUGAUGGAAGAGAUAGAGAUGACAGUGUUUAUGAAGCAAGCGUACAUUCAGCUGCAGAAUUCAGUAUCAAAUCAAGUACAGUUGCUCCGCCUUCAUUGAGAAGGGAUGCUUCGAUAGUUUCUGAAAACGUUCGAAUAACAUCAACAGUAGAGGAAAAGGUUGAGAAAGAAGUAAGUGACAAUGGGGAGUAUUUGAUUAGACCUUAUCUUGAACAUAACGAGAAAAUAAAAUCAAAAUAUAAUUGCGAAAGAGUCGUGAGUCUUGAUAAACAUGAUGGGGUGUUUCUAAUAGGAGAACGUUCCCUUUACAUUAUCGAGAACUUCUACAUCGAUGAUUCCGGAUGCAUAUGUGAAAAAGAAAGUGAAGAUGAUAUCUCGGUUAUCGAUCGAGCUUUGGGGGUUAAAAAAGACGCGUCUUUAAGCAUGACAAAUUCGAUGAUGUCAUGGGACACAAAUGGGAAAGUGUCCACUGGGGGAAGGGCGUGGGCCCACAAUAGUGGGGCAUGGGGGAGGGACAAGGCCAUUAAUAGUAGCAAUGUACCUCAUUUAUGGCGGAUGUGGAAGGUUAAUACUGUCCAUGAGAUUUCAAAACGUGAUUACCAGUUACGUCCUGUUGCUGUUGAAAUAUUCAGUAUGGAUGGAUGUAAUGAUCUUCUUGUUUUCCAUAAAAAAGAGAGGGAGGAAGUUUUUAAAAAUCUGAAUGCAAUCAAUCUUCCGAAAAACACCAUGUUGGACCCAACGAUUUCGGGAGCAGUGAAACAGGAAAGCACGUUUAAGAUUAUGGAGAAAUCAUUCUCCAAGAUGUGGCAAAAUGGGGAAAUUAGUAAUUUCCAGUACUUGAUGCAUGUGAAUACACUUGCGGGCCGGGGGUAUAGUGAUCUUACUCAAUAUCCGGUUUUCCCUUGGAUUUUGUCGGAUUAUGAGAAUGAGAAUUUGGACUUCACCAAUCCGGAAACAUUCCGGAAGCUUGACAAGCCUAUGGGAUGCCAAACAAUGGAGGGGGAAUUGGAAUUCAAGAAAAGGUUUGACAGCUGGGAUGAUCCAGAGAUUCCCAAGUUUCAUUACGGUUCUCACUAUUCUAGUGCCGGAAUCGUGCUGUUCUAUCUGAUAAGGCUGCCACCAUUUAGUUCAGAAAAUCAAAAGCUUCAGGGGGGGCAGUUUGACCAUGCUGACCGACUUUUCCAUAACAUACAUGAUACUUGGUCGAGUGCUGCUGGAAAAUCCAACACCUCAGAUGUUAAGGAAUUGAUCCCCGAAUUCUUUUAUCUGCCAGAAUUCUUGGAAAACCGUUUUCAUCUUGACCUUGGGGAGAAACAAUCUGGAGAAAAGAUUGGAGACGUGGGAUUGCCUCCUUGGGCCAAAGGUAGUGCUAGAGAGUUCAUCAAGAAGCAUAGAGAGGCUCUGGAAUCUGAUUAUGUUUCAGAGAAUUUACAUCACUGGAUCGAUCUUAUAUUUGGUUACAAACAACGAGGGAAGGCGGCUGAGGAAGCAGUUAAUGUUUUUUACCAUUACACAUACGAGGGAAGCGUAGACAUAGACGCAGUAGCCGAUCCCUCGAUGAAAGCCGCAAUUCUGGCUCAGAUUAACCACUUCGGUCAAACACCGAAGCAGAUUUUCCACAGGCCUCACGUGAAAAGAAAAACCGAUCGAAAACACCCCCUUAAUCCCCUCAAAUUCUCCCCACGUCUCAACCCACACGAGAUCCGUAAGAUGACGUCACCAAUCGCCCAAAUCGUCACCCUAAACGAUAAGAUUCUAACAGUGGGCCCAAACAACUUUAUCAAGCCCAGAACCUACACCAAAUACGUCGCCUGGGGUUUCCCGGAUCGGAGCUUAAGAUUCAUGAGCUACGAUCAAGACCGACUGCUAUCCACCCAUGAAAACCUUCACGGCGGCCAUCAGAUCCAGUGCGCGAGUGCCAGCCACGACGGUCAACUGUUAGUCACCGGCGCCGACGACGGGAUGGUGUGCGUGUGGCGGAUUGGAAGCUACGGUGGUCCCCGCUCUCCACGAAGUUUAAAUCUACAGCAGUCGCUUUGCGCCCACACCGCUAAGAUCACACGGAUCUACGUCUCCCAACCCUACAUGAUGAUUGUCAGCGGUUCCGACGACUGCACCGUCAUCAUGUGGGAUUUGAGUUCGUUGGUUUUUCUCCGGCAGCUUCCGGAAUUUCCCUUCCCGAUCUCUGCUCUGUACAUGAACGAUCUGACCGGAGAAAUCGUGACUGCCGCCGGUGUUUUGCUGGCGGUUUGGAGUGUGAACGGAGACUGUCUAGCGGUGGUGAACACGUCUCAGCUUCCGUCUGAUUUGAUUCUGUCGGUGGCGACUUGUACAUUUUCCGAUUGGGUAGAAACGAACUGGUACAUAUCGGGUCAUCAAAGUGGGGCGAUUAAGGUAUGGCAAAUGGUUCAUAACUGUUCAGAGACUGCCCGAACUGCCCACAAGCAUCCUUCUGCUCAAGUGCAUUGUGGGUUAGGGCUUAGAGGGGGUAAAGUGCCUGAAUAUACGUUGGUGCUGCACAAGGUGCUUAAGGGGCAUAACCACCCGGUUACUGCACUUCACCUUUCAAGUGACUUGAAGUUGUUGUUGAGUGGUGAUUCAGAAGGGCAUUUGUUUUCUUGGACUUUGCCCGAUGAGACCUUAAGAAAUUCUAUUAAAUGGGGGUGAUGUGAUAUGAUGUGGAUUGAAUCGGAUAUUAUUAACUAUUUAACAAACGAGAUGUGACUUGAGUUGUGUUUUUGGUGGAGAGCCUGAAAUGGGUAUGGUGUCCAUCCUCGAUAAGACAGCAUGAAAAGGGUUGGCGGGAAUGGACAAGAAAGGGUCGGGGUGGGAGAGAUCUG